GGCAUCGGUUACUGACAUCCGCCACGCCGCUUCUUUCUUCUCCCGUUUCUUUCCGCUUGCCCACGCAUAUGCUCCAUGGGCGCCCGCGGAUGCCUGGCUCCGUUCCAGGUGGGUGCAUUUUAUGGGUUACGUGUUGUCGCGGCGAAUGGCAGCAGCCUAGUUGCGAGCUGGAACACGUCCGCCCCUGCAAGCGGCAGCAGUCUCCACGACACUCGGACUCCGUUUGGCGUGCCGAAUGCGGAGCAGCGUGGAGCGCGCACCGGUGUCUCGUCUCGAAGGUAACAAGUAACCGCAUUGCCGCUGACACUAACUUCUUUCGUGAUGUUUAUUGCUAGCCUGGAGCUCGCGACGGCGUCCUGCAUUCGCAUUCACUAGCAAACACUUCGCUAAUGGCUGCUGCUACCGCGGCGGCCGCUGCCGCGCACGCCAUGCACGCGCCCACUGCCGGCUUCGAGAGCCAGGCUGGCACCAGCGGCGGCGCACAGGAGUCGGAUCAGGAGGCGCUGUGCUACACGCCGCAGCCGGACGAGGAGGCCUUCGGUGCGAGCCUGGCUCAUCAGGGCUCAUGGCUGCAGAGUGUACAGGAGGCCGCCGCCAUCACGGCGCUGGACCCCGCCGGCUUGGGCUUCACACAGCCGCCGGCCGCGCACGCAGGCGACAGCCACGCGCCCAGCCCAGCGGGCGCCGCCACCUCGCCGCCCAUGCCCUCCGCCAUUUGCACCAUGCCCUCCGCACCCGCGUGCGAGGGCGCCGCCGCGUUGCACCUGCCUCGCCACCAGCUCGGCGGUCAAUGCGGCGGCACUGCCGGCAGCGCGCCCCUGCGCUCAUACGACAGCGUGCCCCUGCCGCCCCUGCCGCCUCACGUGACGCGGCACGUGCACCUGCAGCCGCCGCACGGCCCGGCGGUUUCGGAGCUGCCCGGCGGCGGCUCUCGCUCGCAUUCGCUGCCGUGCGCAGCCUUCGUGCAAUACCCGCCGGCGCCGCCGCUGUAUGCCGGCUACCCGGCGCACCCCGCCUACCCGCACGCUUACCCGCACGGGUACAGCGGCUACGACGGCUACGGCGGCUAUGGUGGCUACGGCGGCUACGGCUACCCGCCGUACGGCAUGCCGCCGCCGCCGCCGUACGGCUACGCGCCCGCGCCGUACGGGCGCUACAGCAGCAGCACCUCCGCACCGCCGCCGCCACCCUACGCGCCGCCGCCCUACCCCUACCCCUACCCCUACGGGCACGGCAUGCCGCCCGGCUACCCGCAGUACGGGCACCCGCAGCAGCCCGCCGCUGCCGCCACCGCGCAGCCGCACCCGCACCUGCACCCCCACGCCAGCGGCCCCGCGGCCUCGCACGAGGAGGCUGGCAGCAGCCUGACGACCUUUCACGAUGACGUCGACCUCGACGCCGUGCUCGAGGCGGAGAUGGGCGACCACGACCAGCAGGUGCAGCAGCAGCAGCAGCAGCAGGCGACGCGGCCCAGCGAGGGCGGCAAGACGGACGCCUUUGCCGACCUGUGGGUGCGCUGGGAGGAGGACACGGGCGCCGACGCCGCGCCGGCGGUGUGCAAGGACGCCACUGCCUCGGGGCCGGGCAUGCAGCCGCGCACGCGUGUGCCGGUGCACGUGUUCCACGAGUAAGCGCGCGCGUGUGGGCAUGUGCGGCUGUGAUUGCGGCAACUACGGGCAGGAGUGGCAGCAACGCUGCGGGCGGCGGCGUGGAGCUCAGCUUAAAACAUUUAUUACACACUCUGUGCGGCUGCUGGCCGGGAUGCCUAGCAGCCGUGCGGGUGCAGUGCCAAUGGGCACGCUAUUGCAGGAGGUGCAUUUACGAGCCGCGUGCGGCUGUGAUGCCGUGCAACACGUUUGAGUUUUGCAGGGCGCACAAUGGCGACCAACAUUUCAUUGUGAUUGUACUCUUAAGGCGACCCUUCACGGGUUCCCGCCUGAAUCGCGGAACUGGCACAGGUUCUGGGUUUAUGGUGGGCUGAUCGGUGGCGCUGCCAGGUGGCGGAGCGGUUAUUCAUUUUUUUACCGAGAGGCGUGUGAGUGAGUGUGUUUGCCGUCCUUUCUAUGAUUAGGGUAGGGCCAACUGACGCAGCAGCCCCAUUCCUUGACCUAGCGGGCAAAGUAGCGCUGUGCGUUUUGGGCCAGCAAUGCCUUAGGGUGCGAUACGUGCACCAGAGGAUUCCUUGACCUCACGCGUCGUUGCCAUUAGCGUCUAGCAAGGGCUUGACCCAUAGAGAACAAACCCCAUGCAGCUUAUUGUGCUGCUCCCUUCCAGCGCAAUAGCGCCUGCCUCAGUACGGCACAAUUGAUUCGGCUGGUGGUGUGUACCAUUGUUUGCUAGCGCCUGUGCUUCGGGCCUUAUUUCAAGCGGCGUGCGAUGCGCACGUGUACUUUUGUCCGUGGUUGACGACUGCUCACCACGUCAUGGCGCCUGUGACGUCUCCUUCUUGGUGUGUUCGGGACCAUGCUUGAACCUUUCAAAGUGAGGUUGCUGAAUUGCAUACCUCGCCAAGCCCCACGGGGCCCUCGGAUACUUCCCGGUGCUUGUCCUAUGCAGGAGGUGCUGUGAGUGUGACGCAUGCAGCCCUCCACGUUGCCCCGUGCCCUGUGUCCUCCCAUGUGGAGGCCGGGCGCCAUACACCUCACCGUCACAAACUGUAAGCAUGUGAGAGGACUCCGCCCCAUGUCCUUUAAGCUCUCUCUUCAACAAGAUACAUUGAUACCGGGGGAACGGCAACUCGUACAACCGAGGGUGGGAUGCCCUCGACGGUCCCCACAUCAUCCAUCACACGUGAGUGCCAGCCCGUGUGCUUUGCAAGUCACGAAACAUGCACCGCCGCACCGGUUGCCUGCACGGAUAGAACCAGACGUGGAAAGCCCUGCAGCAUGAGUCAGCAGCUUGCAACAGGACGCCGUUGGGCACUGGAAGGGUUUGCUGCAACGCCAGGGGGCCAACUGGCGGAGUAGUGCUUUGCGACUUCUGCCCUGCCUAGCCUUGUGGGAUUUGUGGGUCGGGGUUACAGCCAUCACAACGGGAACUCGUCUUUCAUCCCCUCUGCUUCAUCCCCUGGUCAGCGGUGCCACUGCCGCGCGGCAAGCCUACAACGUGGCCUCCGCUGCCGCCAUCAUUCGCCCGUGUGUGUGAGGUGCUGCAGUAGUGGAGGUGCUGCAGUGGAGGGCGCUGUGGAAUGUGCUGCAGCGGAUGUGUACAGUGUUGUUGGGGGCGACGUCGGCAUGGUGUGGGCUUGUGGUGUGCGUUGCGGGUGUGGGCUGCCUCUGGAGGUGCCACGUACGUGCAUGUGCUGGCGCCGGGACGGAGGCGGAGUCUGGCAUGCGCUCGUGAGCUCAUGCGCCCACGCUAGCACAC